GAGGUGGCAAAGAGAAGAAGCUAUAAUUGAAUGAAUUGACAUCCAAAGUAGUUUUCAUUCAGCUGUCCUUUCUGCUCAAAAAAAGCUAUAGAAGAAGUUUGACCUCCAAGGUGCAUCAGAGGAAGGAAGCAGCAGCAGCAGCAAGAACAGGAGCAGUGCAUAAGGAGUGAGGAGGACCCUCCCUGCCCCCUUCAUUGACUCCAUCAGUGCAGCAAGAGGAAAGGUAUCUUGGGACUGGGAGUCUUCCUAUACACAACUAUUCGCACCACCAAAACACAGUACAGAAUCAAUUUUGAAGGAACAUCUGAAGCUGAAAACGUUUCCGCAAGAUGGGUGCCACAAAUUUUGAUGGAUGAGCAAAAGGCAGAUCAAUUCCAAGAUUCAACACAACUUCUAGAACAGUUCAGCCUUUCUACAGUAUAUGAGGAAGUAGGACGUUGCAUGCUGAGUCUCUCAGUACCAAGUGCUGUUGCCUCAGAAGAGGAGGAGGAGGAUUGCUUCCAGCUUUUUGUGGCUGCAGGUGUUCAGCACAACUUCAAUUCAGACCAGAGCCCAACAGACGGAGGCAUUUGUCUCCAGCAAAGAAUAAAAUAUCAUUGACAACAGAUUGACAGUGAUUCCCGGAGAUUCCAUGCCUACAUUGGAGGGCUGGCAACCCCAAAUACAACAUAGGAAGCUGCCUUAUACCAAGUCAGACCAUUUAUCCGUCAAUCCACCAAGAUUUCAAGCAAGAGUCUUUCCCAGCACUACCAGUAUAUGCACAGGAGAAGGGCUCUAAAGGUUGUGCUCCACACUGGGAAGACCACUGAACAGUGGGUUGAGAAACAGCCAUGACCAUGAGAAGUUUGUUCUCUGACCAGAGCCAGUAUGUUGAAUCUUUUCGUCUCUUCCUCGAGAAUUCAACGGAGCAUCAGUGCAUGCUGGAAUUUUUUGAGAGGAAACUGCCAGACAUAUUAACAAGUUUAGGUAAUGGGAAAUCUACAAUCAGUGUUCUGAGUGUUGGUGGUGGUACAGGCGAAAUUGAUCUUCAAAUGCUUGCAAAAUUACAGGCUAAAUAUCCUGGAGUUUCCAUUCAUAAUGAUGUGAUAGAACCAUGUGCUGAACAACUCAUUCAGUACAAAGAGCGUGUAGCAAAGACAUCAAAGCUCGAGAACAUAAAGUUCACUUGGCACAAAGAGACAGCAUCGGAAUAUGAAAGUCGAAUGAAGGCAAGCAAAGAAGUCAGGAAAUGGGACUUCAUCCAUAUGAUUCAGAUGCUGUACUAUACAAAUGAUGUUCCUGGUACCAUUAGAUUCUUUCAUAGCCUCUUAGAACCUGGGGCUAAACUCCUCAUUAUUCUUGUAUCAGGUUCCAGUGGCUGGGCCAGACUCUGGAAGAAAUAUGGUGCUCGUUUACCUCUUAAUGAUCUUUGCUUGUACAUUACAUCUGCCGACAUUGAAGAGAUACUUGACGGGUCUGGACUGAAGUAUCAGUCCUUUGAGCUUCAAUCUGAUAUGGAUAUAACAGAUUGCUUUACUGAAGGAAAUAAAAGGGGAGAGUUACUACUUGAUUUUUUGACAGAAACCUGUAAUUUUAAUAAAACAGCCCCUCUUGACCUAAAAAAUGAACUUAUUGAAGACCUUAAAAAACUUGAAUACAGUGAGAAGAAAGGUGGAAGAUAUUUUUUUAAUAACAACCUUAGUGCAAUAGUGAUUGAAUCCUAAAUAUGUUGUGGAUUUUUCAUAACAUUUUUCAAAGCUAAUUAUUAAACUGAAUGUUUUAAAACUUUAAAAACAUUUUCAGUAUUUUAUUAAUUGUGAAGUAUGUGAGAUUAGGGGCAAAAAUGUGUAACACAACUAAGAAACCAUUUUCUGCUGCUGCAACAACUGCUUAGAAAUAUUGUUAUAUAUUAAUAGUAAUACACAUGCUAAUAUUUGUUAAUUGAUUAGCAAGGAUGAAAUUCUGAGUUGCAGGUCAUUGUAUUGUAGUGGUUCUAUAGUUAGAGAUUGUGCUGAGAUCAUUAAUAAAAUAAAUCACAGAUCUGGGUUCUUCUGAUUGGUGGAAAAGACACAACCUUUGAAAGAUUAAACCUUAUGAAGAAAAUGUUCAGAAACAUUUUUAAAUUAAUAAGUUGUCCUAGUAAGAAUUAAUCAGCCUACUUUCCUUUCACUGUCUCUACAACUGGACUAAAUUUGGUUCAAAUCGAGGCUCACAAGUUAGAUCUCUUGCACCUCAAAUGUUCAUGCAUCCACCAUAUUGGAUCAGGGUGGAUGACAUCAUCAAAAACUAUACCAUUGAGGUGUCCCUGUGUGUCACACAUUACAACUGUUUCAAAUUUGUUUCAAAUGAGUUAGACGGUCCUCAAGUUAGUGCAAUUGCGCCUCAGAAGUUCACACAUCCCCCAUCUUGGAUCGGGGUGGCUGACAUCAUCACAAACUACACCACUGGGGCAUCCCUAUGUGUCCAUUCAGCUGUAGCAAAUUUGGUUCAAAUUGGUUACUGUCCACAAGUUAGUGCACUUGUGCCUCAAAAGUUUGUGUCCACCAUCUUGAAUUGGGGUGGAUGACAUUGUCACAAUCUUCACCAUUGAGGUGUCCCUAUGUGUCCCUACAGCUGUAGCAAAUUUGGUUCAAAUUGGUUAAGCGGUUCACAAGUUAGCCCACUUGUGCCUCCAAAGUGUUUGCAUCUGCCAUCUUGGAUUGGGGUGGAUGGCAUCAUCAAAAACUAUGCUGUUGAGGUGUCCCUGUGUGUCACUCAGUACAACUGUACGCAAUUUAGUUUAAAUCAAUUAGACAGCCCACAAAUUAGCCAGCUUGUGCUUUGUUUGUUCACGUGACCACCAUCUUGAAUUGGAGUGGAUGACAUCAUCACACACCAAACCAUUUGGGCAUCCCUAUGUGUCCCUACAGCUGUAGCAAAUUUGGCUCAAAUCGGUUAAGUGGUUCAAAAGUUAGUCCACUUGCACCUCAAAGGUUUAUGUGUCUGGCAUCUUGGAUUGGGGUAGAUGACAUCAUCACAAACUAUGCCAUUGAGGUGUCCCUAUGUGUCCCUACAGCUGUAUCAAAUUUGGUUCAAAUUCGUUAAGCGGUUCACAACUUAGCUCACUUGUGCAUGAAAUGUUUAUGCGUACGCCAUCUUGGAUCGGGUAGAUGGCAUCAUCACAAAUUAUGCUGUUGAGGUGUACCUCUGUGUCACUCACUGCAACUGUACUCAAUUUGGUUUAAAUUUGUUACACAGUCCACAAAUUAGCCCACUUGCACCUCGGAUGUUUACGUGGCUGCCAUCUUGAAUGGAGUGGAUGACACUAUCACACACCAUGCCAUUUGGGCACCCCUGUGUGUGUACUGUAGCAAAUUUGGUUCAAAUCGUUUAAGCAGUUCACAAGUUAGCCUACUUGCGCCUCAAAGGUUUACGUGUCCGCCAUCUUGGAUCAGGGUGUAUGGCAUCAUCACAAGGUACGCCGUUGAGGUCUUCCUAUGUGUCCCUACAACUGCACCCAAUUUGGUUCAUAUUGGUCCAGGCAUUACGAAGUUGAUGGGGGGUGGGGACACACGGACACACACACAGAAUGCUAGUUGAUCUCAUAAGCCUACUGGAAAGUAGGCUAAAAAGUACCUAGUAUCUGCCUUACUUGUCCUUCAAUGGACAUAUUUCCAAGCUCAAGUUAAUGCUGUUCAUACAGUACUUCUUAAAUUCUUUUGCUGACAUUCUAAUGCUGCGUGUGUGCUUCCUAAAAACAGCAUCAACCCAGUGCUACGUCACCUUAAGUGGCGCAGUGGGGAAAUGCUUGACUAACAAGCAGAAGGUUGCAGGUUCGAAUCCCCACUUACAUGUUUCCCAGAAACACCUAUAUUGGGCAGCAGUGAUACAGGAAGAUGCUGAAAGGCAUAAUCUCAUACUGCUCAGGAGGAGGCAAUGGUAAAGCCCUCGGGUAUUCUACCAAAGAAAACCACAGGGCUCUGUGGGCACCAGGAGUCAAAAUCGACUUGAUGGCACACUUUACCCAGUACUAGCCCCCACACUUCCAAAGUGUGGGCACUCUUGCGCAAGUGCAUGACUAUUUUUGGCACUCUCCUGUUCAUGCCCCUUAGGACAGGUUUCUGCUGUAACAGAACAAUUCUGAAGUGUAGAGAGAAGGCCAAACAUAAUCAUUAGGGAUGUGCGAAUCGGUUCGAAUUCAAACUGGUUUGAAUUCAAACCGGGGGGGUUCAAAGGUUCGAAUUUGAACCAAACCAGCCAUCAGGUUCAAGCUGCAGGUUCAAAUUUGUACCAAAUGGGGUGGUUCAAUUCAAACCAGUUUGAACUGUUUCAAACUGGUUUGAAACUCCAAAAGUGGGUGGGGUGGUAGCUGGCACCGAUGGGUACCUACCACACAAACCCCAAAGCAAUUGGAUAUUCGUACGAUUUUUUAAUGAAUUUUUUAUUUUUAUUUUUAUUUUUUUCUCAUAGGGUAUAAUGGGACUCGUACCAGCCCAUUAUUCCUUAUUGUGGAGCAUCCAUGGGUGCCAACAACCACCCAAACCCCAAAGCAAUCAGACACUCCUACGAUUUUUUUUAAUGAAUAUUUGAAAUAUUCUUAAUUAUUUUUCUUAUAGGGUAUAAUGGGUGGAUGGUAGGCACUCAGGGGUGCCACCUGUUAUCAACUUUUGAAACCUUGAGUACAACCGAUUACAUCCCUAUCAUUGCUCCCAACUAUCGGAAUACAGAUAACUACAAGAGCUGUUAUUGUGGAUGUGAGCGGAUUUGGAGCCACAUAUUGAUGCCAACUUCUGGCUGUUAGGGUUUUUUUGCUUCCACCAGACUUGGGGCUCUUAGUGGGAGUUUACUAUUUACUAUCUGUUUAUGUGCAUUGUAUUCAUUCAUUCAUACAUGCUGUUUGUAGAUGUUUACCUGGCUGGUUUUGUGUAUAGCAUAUUUCAGUCAUACACUUUUUGCAUAUAUACUGGUUUGGGGUAUAUUCUAUAUCAUGUUUAGUAUGUUUAUUGAUUAAAUCUUAUUUCCAUCUUAUUUCUA